AAAUGUCACAACACUAUAGUAGUCCCCUAUCAAAAUAUGCUUCUAUAUAUCAAAGUAUCUACGACAUGUUGUCUUAACAGCACGCAUAAACACCUCUUGGAGAAGCAGCAGGCAGUAUGCCUGAAGCAACAAAAUCUUUGGUUUUUUAUCUGUUUUUGCUUGUUUCACAUAUAGCACAUUUCGGAAUCAUAACUACUGCAGUAAAAGAAAAUUAAAAGGGUUAAAUGUACUAGCUUUUUAUAUAGCUAUAAGGUAUGAUGCGAACCAAUCAAAGUUUUCAUCUCCAGUCUGAACAAAUUAGAAUGCAAUGGAGUUGCUCAUACUUAUAGCACGAUUGAUUUCCGUUCUGAAACCGUACACAUGCUGUGCAGGCAAGGCUGGUUUUCAGAUAUGACCGGUAGACAGAGAAUUCAGACUGCGGCCACAAAGGCAGAGUAACAGCUGAUGCAUAUACUAGACAAUACUCCCUCGGUGUCAAAAAAAAAAACCCGUCUUAUAUUAAGUUACAGACAUAGUAUAUGAGAUUAGGAAAGCAGAACGGCUUAAACCUUCAGUAAAAGAGAAAAUCAUGAAUUAGAAAUGCAUCAGCACCGGUCUCCAACGGUUUUCCAGAAACGCCUAGUAAGUCUGAUAAGAUCGGGAAGACUAAAAUAUAAACACCGACAGUACCUUGGUAGCAGCAGACUUUGAAUCGAGCCUCACAGAGUCAACAAAAGAAGCUAACUGGGGAGAUAUUAUAUCAGCAAGGCAAGCAGAACACCAGGUGUGACCGAGUAUUAAAACGGAACAUACCAGCAAGGCAAGCAGCACACCUGUCCACACCAUAUCCCCCUGUUCUCAACACUCCAGAUACAUGCAGAGAAAGUCAACGGACGGAAGCCAGAGAUAGAUAGAAAUAAUAAAUAAACCGAAGCAAAUCAUCUGAAUUCUGAACCCUAUCUUCCAGAUACAUGCACCUAUCUACUGCCACGUUUUGAUUUAGGAGAAGCUCUGAAGGAACGAGACAGACACAUCAUCUUUCUAUCCAUCGGACUCUCGAACUGCUCAGGAAUACCAUAGUUACGACGGGUUUCGACCGUGCGUCUGUAUGAAACUUCGGCCCCGAGCAUCUUCAGCUCAAUCCCUGUGCGGCACCGUUACGCUGUUGUCAGCUCAUCAUGGUCAUCGCUGAUCCAUUCGAGGUGCAGAUGGUUGUCAACUCCGGAGAGGCAAUCAUGCAGCUUUGUCAAAGAUAGGACCAAAGGUCUACAUCAUUUCUUGAAAGUCAGCCGAGCGGUGAAGGCUCUGUUGAAAUUUCAGCACUGCGCUUUCAGAUGAAUAAAUAAAUGCAAGGCGGCAAGGCAUGUGUGAGUGUGAGUUGUGACCACAUCAGGUUAUAUUUGAAGAGGAAGAACCUGCUAUUUGGAGAACCAUAGCAUAAUGGGCAUGGCAACGGGGAUCAAGAGCUUGUCAUGGUCACUAGUAGUAGCAGGCGCUCUGCUGAUCGCCGUGGUGAGCGCUGGCGACGAGGCCGCGCUGCUUGCUUUCAGGGAGCAGAUAAGCGACGGCGGCGUGCUGGCCUCCUGGAACAGCAGCGUCGGCUUCUGCAGCUGGGAGGGCGUGACGUGCAGCCACUGGACGCCGAAGCGUGCGGUGGCGCUGCGCUUGGACAGCAGGGCGCUCGUCGGAGUGCUCUCCCCAGCCCUUGGGAACCUCACGUUCCUGCAGACGCUCAACCUGAGCUUCAACUGGUUCCAUGGGGAGAUUCCGGCGAGCCUCGGACGCCUCCGGCGCCUGCAGAGGCUCGACUUGAGCGACAACUCCUUCUCCGGCACGUUCCCUGUGAACCUGAGCUCCUGCAUCAGCAUGACGGAGAUGAGACUGCGCAACAACAAGCUUGGGGGGCGCAUCCCGACCGAGCUCGGCGACAGGCUCGCGUCCCUGGAAGAAGUCUCGCUGAGAAACAACAGCUUCACAGGGCCUAUCCCGGCAUCGCUGGCCAAUCUGUCCUAUCUGCAAAACCUUGAUCUCGGCCUUAACCAACUCGUGGGCUCAAUCCCGCCAGGGCUCGGCACCCUCCACAACUUGCGGCAGUUCACUGUCGUCAGAAACAACCUCUCGGGUAUGCUUCCAGAUUCUGUCUACAACUUAUCAUCUCUGGAAGUACUUAAUGUAGGGGUAAAUAUGCUGUAUGGAAGCAUUCCGGAUGAUAUCGGAAGCAAGUUCCCCAUGAUCAAAACUCUUGCCUUGGGUGGAAAUCACUUCACAGGAACCAUCCCCUCCUCAGUAUCAAACAUUUCUUCCCUCGUAGCACUUGGCCUCGUGCAGAAUGGGUUUAGUGGGCAUGUGCCUCCCACAUUGGGGAAGAUGGGAGCUCUCCAAUAUCUGAACUUGGCUGACAAUAAGCUUGAAGCGAACGACAACAAGGGGUGGGAAUUCAUCACUUCUUUGGCAAACUGCAGCCAACUGCAGAAAUUGAUUCUCAGCAACAAUUCUUUUGGAGGACAACUACCAGGUUCAAUUGUAAACCUCUCGACAACUCUCCAACAGUUAUACUUAGACGACACUAAGAUCUCUGGGAGUAUACCCGCAGAUAUUGGCAAUCUGGUUGGUCUCAACGUGGUGCUAAUAGCAAAUACUUCCAUAUCAGGAGUGAUUCCGGAUAGCAUUGGUAAGCUAGAGAACUUGAUUGAGCUGGGCUUGUACAAUAAUACGCUGUCUGGCCUCAUACCGGCAUCUCUGGGAAAUCUUUCACAAUUGAAUAGGUUUUAUGCAUACAACAACAACUUGGAGGGACCAAUUCCGGCAAGCAUGGGGGAGUUGAAAAACCUCUUCGUACUUGACUUGUCAAAGAAUCACCGACUUAACGGUUCAAUUCCCAGAGAGAUUUUUAAAUUAUCCAGCCUAUCUUGGUACUUGGAUUUGUCAUACAAUUCAUUUUCUGGGCCCAUUCCUAAUGAUGUUGGUAGCUUGGCAAACCUUAACAUACUAAUUCUAGCAGGAAACCAGUUAUCUGGCAAGAUACCCGACAGUAUCCAGAACUGCAUAGUGUUGCAAUGGCUAUCAUUAGACAAUAAUUCCUUUGAGGGAAGCAUACCUCAGUCACUGAAGAAUAUAAAGGGGCUCAGUAUACUGAACCUGACCAUGAAUAAGUUAUCUGGUGAUAUUCCUGAUGCCCUUGCUAGCAUUGGAAACCUGCAGGAACUGUACCUAGCACACAAUAACUUGUCAGGGUCAAUACCAGUAGGUCUACAGAAUUUGACAUUAUUAUUUAAAUUGGAUGUAUCCUUCAAUAAUUUGCAAGGCGAGGUGCCAAAUGAAGGUGUUUUCCGAAACAUCACUUACUUAGCAGUUGAUGGGAAUGUCAAUUUGUGUGGAGGUACACCUCAACUUCAUUUGGCUCCAUGCUCCACAAGCCCCUUAAGCAAGAACAAAAAGAAGAUGCAAAAGUCUCUUGUAAUUUCUCUAGCAACAGCCGGAGCAAUCUUGUUGUCACUUUCACUUAUUCUUCUUGUUUGGAUACUUUGCAAGAGGCUCAAACAAAGCCACAAGACAUUAUCACAAAAUUUAAUUGUUGAUGACCAUUACCAGAGAAUUCCCUAUCAAGUAUUAUUGAGAGGAACUAAUGAAUUUUCAGAAGUCAACUUGCUCGGGAGAGGAAGUUAUGGAGCGGUUUAUAAGUGUGUCUUGGACAAUGAGGAAAGAACAUUGGCUGUCAAGGUGUUUAAUCUUGGUCAAUCUAGGUAUUCCAAGAGUUUUGAGACUGAAUGUGAGGCCAUGAGAAGGAUACGACACCGUUGUCUCCUUAAGAUCGUUACCUCUUGUUCGAGCAUCAACCACCAAGGUCAAGAGUUCAAGGCAUUAGUUUUUGAGUUCAUGCCCAAUGGUAACUUGGCUGAUUGGCUUCAUCCAAAAUCUAAAGAGCCAGCUACAAGCAACACACUCAGCCUUGCCCAGAGGCUUGAUAUUGGUGCCAAUAUUGUGGACGCAGUGGAAUAUCUGCACAACUACUGUCAACCAUCGGUAAUCCAUUGCGACCUUAAGCCAAGCAACAUUCUUCUUUCUGACAACAUGAGCGCCCGAGUUGGAGACUUUGGCAUAUCAAGGAUCCUUCAGGAAAAUACAAGUGGGGGAAUGCAAAAUUCAUAUAGCUCAAUUGGAAUUAGAGGCUCAAUAGGCUAUGUUGCUCCAGAGUAUGGAGAAGGCUCUGUGGUAUCCACUCAUGGUGAUAUAUAUAGCCUUGGCAUAUUGCUGCUUGAGAUGUUUACCGGAAGAAGCCCAACAGAUGAUACGUUUGGGGAUUCAUUGGAUCUGCAUACAUUUGUCGAGGAUGCUCUUCCGGAUAGAACCUUGGAGAUAGCUGACCCAAUAAUCUGGCUGCAUGGAGAACCAAAUGAUGAUAUGACUAGUAGAAUCCAGGAGUGCUUGGUUUCUGUCUUCAGGCUUGGCAUAUCCUGCUCAAAGACACAGCCUCGAGAGCGGAUGUUGAUAAGAGAUGCAGCGGUAGAGAUGCACGCAAUCAGAGAUGCGUACCUCGUGUUUGCUGGUUAGCAUAUUGGGGAACAUGGAGCAAAAGGGGAGCCUCGCCUCAAGACAUUCAAUCUGGAAUUAUAUGACCCUGCAAUAAUAGGAGUUUCAUAUGUAAUUUUAGUUAGCAUUUGUUGUCGGAGCUAUUUUAUUUGCAACUGUAUCAGAUAAACGUAGAAUGGUGUUACAUAAUAUUACUAUAGCAAUAGCAAUUUUCAGCAUAUUACAUGGGUUCUCAAAAUUUGCAAAGAUUUGAGAAAUCACAUCCUCAA